AUGAGGUUUAGUAUGUUGGUCAGAAACCUCCGGAGCUCGAUCGCCGCCGUGCGCCAUUUCUCGGCGGUGGUGAAGGCGGCGAGCGGCGGAGCGAAGAAAGAAGCGGGCGAGCGGAGAGACACGUUGGGAAGGAGACUUCUGAGGUUGGUGUAUGCGAGACACAGCGCCGUGGUUACUAUAAGGAAAUGGAAAGAGGAAGAAGGCACUGUGCGCAAGUAUGAGCUUAAUCGAAUCGUUCGUGAGCUUCGUAAGCUCCGGCGUUAUAAGCACGCGCUUGAGAUAUGCGAAUGGAUGACAUUACAAGAAGAUAUGAAGCUAGUGGCAGGUGAUUAUGCUGUUCAGUUGGAUUUGAUUGCAAAGGUUCGGGGUAUGAAUAGUGCCGAGAAGUUUUUCGAGGAUCUCCCUGAGCAGAUGAGAGACGGAACCACCUGUUCGGCUCUUCUGCAUACAUAUGUGCAGAAUAAGGAGUCUGAGAAAGCGGAAGCUCUGUUUGAAAAGAUGAAAGAGUGUGGUUUUAUGAGGAAUUCCCUUCCUUAUAACCACAUGAUGUCGUUGUAUGUCUCCAAUGGGAAAUUAGACAAGGUUCCGGAAGUGAUUGGGGAGAUGAAGGUUCAUACUAAACUGGAUGUUGUCACUUACAAUCUGUGGUUAACGGUUUGUGCUUCGCAAAAUGAUGUUGAGAGUGCAGAAAGAGUGUUUCUUGAACUGAAGAAGGCAAAGGUAAGUCCGGACUGGGUGACUCUUAGCACGCUAACGAACUUGUACAUAAAAAGCUCGCAGGUUGAAAAAGCAGCAGCUACCUCGAAGGAGAUGGAGAAAAUGGUAUCUCGGAAGCAUCGAGUCGCAUAUUCAUCUCUCAUCAGUCUGCUUGCAAAUAUUGGGGACAAGGCUGGUGUUCAAAGAGUCUGGAAGAAACUAAAAUCAUGUUUCCCCAAAAUGAAUGAUGCGGAGUAUACGUGUAUGAUAGCUUCACUUAUGAAACUCAAGGAGAUUGAAGAAGCUGAAAAAAUUUAUACGGAGUGGGAGUCUGUUACUGGGACUCAUGAUCCUAGGGUCUCAAAUAUAAUUCUUGCAGCUUACAUCAACAAAGACCAAAUGGAUGUGGCUGAAACCUUCUGUAGUCGCAUGGUGCAAAAUAAAGUCACCCCCUGUUACAGUACUUGGGAGCUUCUUACCUGGGGCUAUUUGAAACAAAAGCAUACGAAAAAAAUGCUAGAAUAUUUUAAGAAAGCAGUUGGUAGUGUGAAAAAAUGGGAUCCCCACCAUAAAUUGAUUGCAGAAGUAUUUAGCAGGCUCAAUGAGGAAAGCAAUGUUGAAGAGGCAGAGGAACUAUUGGCUUUCCUUCGGAAUGCUGGCCAUGUGAGUACCGAGACUUAUAAUUCACUCCUACGAUCUUAUGCACAGGCUCGUAAAAUGCCACUUCUGAUUGAAGAACGGAUGAAGAAGGACAAUGUUGAAUUGAAUAAAGAGACUCGAUCACUUCUAAAGAGGAUCAGCAAACUCUGUGGGAGUGAGGAUACUAGCAUAUGCUCUCCACCGAAAGUACCAGAAGAAAAUUUCGUAUAGUUGAUCAGAAUCAGUUUUGAAGUUCUUAGUCUUGUAGCCUUUGUUGUGGCCUUGAAGGUUAGAUUGUUGGCUUGUAUUGUGUUCUUAUUCUUCAGUUAAUUUGUUUACUUUACCAUGAUAAAAAAAAGUGUGGUAAUUUCGGGGUCACCUAGGUGAAAUG